GAACGACGGCGAGGUGAACUUCGCCUGAGCAAAACAAAAUCACCACCGCAAAGAGACACAGGAGUAGUCAGGGCACAAGACAGCCUGCAUCCUGCUCGUCGCUUUUCACUCUGUUCUCCCUUCCUCCCCCCGAUCAAGCUACAUAUUGCGAGCCAUGCUUCGCAACGCUUCCCGCUGCCUGUCGAGACAGCUCCGACAAGCUGCACGUCCCUCUGUCGUCCCUCGCUGCUCUGCCGCUGGACGUCUGGCCUAUACCUCCGUCAGAAUGGCCUCGCAGCUUCCUCCGGUUAAGCCACCGGUGUCUGUUGAAUUCCCCGCAGACUCGUACCAGCUGCUGUCCACGUCGGAGAAGGCCGGCGCCGCUGAAGAUGCCCUCUUCGAGCAGGAGGUGAACGCCGUCAAGGAGUGGUGGGCUUCUCCCCGCUAUGAGGGCAUCAAACGGCCCUAUUCCGCAGAGGACGUCGUCAGCAAGAGAGGAUCCUUGCAGCAGUCAUAUCCAAGCUCGUUGAUGGCUAGAAAACUGUUCAAUCUACUCAACGACAAGGCUGCUAAAGGCGAACCGCUGCACACCCUUGGCGCAAUCGACCCUGUACAGAUGACGCAGCAGGCUCCCAACCAGGAAGUGUUGUACAUCUCCGGAUGGGCUUGCUCUUCCCUCCUGACGACCACAAACGAGGUCUCCCCGGAUUUCGGUGACUAUCCGUACAACACCGUUCCGAACCAGGUGCAGCGAUUGUUCAAGGCCCAGCAGAUGCACGAUCGCAAGCACUGGGAUGCCAGACGGAAGAUGACUGCUGAGCAGAGAAAGACUACUCAAUACGUCGACUAUAUGCGCCCAAUCGUUGCUGACGGUGACACAGGGCACGGAGGCCUGACGGCGGUGAUGAAGCUCGCUAAGCUCUUCGCCGAGAACGGCGCCGCGGCCGUCCACUUCGAGGACCAACUUCACGGAGGCAAGAAGUGCGGCCAUCUCGCUGGAAAGGUCUUGGUUCCAAUCUCCGAGCAUAUCAAUCGCCUGGUGGCUGCCAGGUUCCAAUGGGAUCUCAUGGGAACCGAGAAUUUAGUCAUUGCUAGAACCGACUCUGAAAGCGGGAAGCUUCUCAGCAGCACCAUCGAUGUUCGAGACCACGAAUUCAUUCUUGGAGUCACACAGGAUACCGCGCCACUGUCAGAAGAGUUACAGAAGAUGGAGCUCGAAGGCGCUUCGGGUGCCGAGAUCGAUAAAUUCGAAAUGAAAUGGGUUAAGGAACAUAAACUGGUGACAUUUGACGAGGCUGUGGAACAACAUCUCGUCUCCGAAGGAGCCUCCAAGGCCACCAUUGACGAAUACAAGGCAAAGGUUCGCGAAAACAGAGACAUGUCCAUUUCAGAACGCCGGGCCUUCGCAGACACCCUCGCGAAAUGCCCGGUCUUCUGGUCAUGGGACAUCCCAAGAACCCGAGAAGGUUUCUACCAUUAUCGCGCCGGUGAAGCAGCGGCCACCAAGCGCGCCAUCAACUUCGCUCCCUACGCUGAUCUCCUCUGGGUUGAAACCGGCGACCCGAACGUCAGCAAGGCAGCUGGAUUCGCCGCCGAGAUCCGAAACAAGUUCCCCGGAAAGAAGCUGGUCUACAACCUUAGCCCGUCGUUUAACUGGAUGGGACAGGGCUUUGACGAGGCCAGCCUGAAAUCAUUCAUCUGGGACCUCGCCAAACAUGGAUUCGUUCUCCAACUCAUCUCGCUUGCCGGUCUGCACACCAACGCUACUAUCGCAACGGAGCUCUCAAGAGGGUUCAAGAAAGAUGGCAUGCUAUCAUAUGUCAAUCUCGUCCAGAAACGCGAAAAAGAGAUGGGCGUUGACGUUCUGACCCACCAGAAGUGGAGUGGUGCUCCCUACGUCGAUGGAGUUCUGGGCUCCAUUCUCAGCGGCAGCAGCUCGAACAAGAGCAUGGGCGAAGGAAACACAGAGUCAGGUUUCUAAAUCUCGAAAUUCCCACGGACGUUGAAACGUAAAUGAUGUUGGGAUGAAUUCAUGCCUGCUCCUAUCACAAAAGCACAAACCCCGAUCGCUACCCGUUUUCGUUCUUCAGACUGGAUUGUACAAAGCUUCUGGUUGCUCUCUCCUUUCUCUGAAGUGCAACAAGCCCGAAAAGAUUGGUCUUGAGCGAAGCGGAAACCCAGUAAAGAAAACAGGGAUAUUAAACAGAAUAUCAGAGAGAAGCUGGUAUGUUUUUCCAACACAAACAACAGACAAUAUAAACCCCUCUCUAUUAGCAGCAUUAAGCGGCAAGCGCAAAGUCAAGAUGAUUCAAAGGAAAAAGGAGAAAAGGAUAUUUGAAAGAAUAUUUACAGAACUACCAUUGUGGCUGCAGAAACAAUGGCGAUAUUUCUUGUCAUGUAUAUACAAAGAAUUUUAUUUGCACAUAGAAAC